GUUCGUGUUAAGCCGUGGCGGACAUUUCGUUUCAACGAAUGUGUAUGCACACCUUAUAAUGCUGAUUUUGAUGGUGAUGAAAUGAAUCUUCAUGUCCCUCAAACAGAAGAGGCACGUGUUGAAGCAAUAGAAUUAAUGGGUGUUAAGAACAACUUGGUUACACCCAGGAAUGGAGAUCCAAUCAUUGCAGCCAUUCAAGACUUUAUAACUUCUUCGUAUCUGAUUACAAAGAAAGAUGUAUUUUAUAAUCGUGCUCAGUUUACGCAAAUUUGUUCAUAUAUGGCGGAUGCUGAUUUACAUAUUGAUGUUCCCCCGCCAGCAAUAUAUAAGCCAGUAAGACUUUGGACUGGUAAACAAAUUUUUAAUGUGUUAAUGCGUCCAAAUAAGAGUUCAUCAGUUUUGGUUAACCUCGAAAGCAAAGGACGAUCAUUCGAAAAAAGUGAGAGCAGAGCACCAGAUAUGUGUCCAAAUGAAGGUUAUGUUGUUAUUCAAAAUAGUGAAAUAAUGUGUGGUGCUAUAGACAAAUCUUUAGUGGGUGAUGGAAAUAAGCAUUCGUUAUUCUAUACUAUUCUUCGUGAUUAUGGCGCUGUACAAGCCGCUUAUGCAAUGAACCGGUUGUCUAAACUAUGCUCCAGAUGGUUGG